CCCGUUUACGCAUUCGGCCAUCGCCGGCGCGCUCGCCAAUCAGCGAAACAGCGCCGCCGCCCCGCGCUCCUCGUCGGCCGCCUGCGUCGAUGUCGGCGGCGGCCGCCUCGUGCGGCGCCCCCUCGCCGUCUCCCGCCUCCGGCACCGGCGGCGGGGGCGGGGAGAUCACCUACGUGAGCUACGGCGGGGAGCAGCACCUGCCGCUGGUGAUGUCGCUGGUGGACGCGGAGCUCAGCGAGCCCUACUCCAUCUUCACCUACCGCUACUUCGUCUACCUCUGGCCGCAGCUCACCUUCCUCGCGUUCGAUGCCAAGGAGGGAAAGUGCGUGGGCACGGUGGUGUGCAAGAUGGGGGAGCACCGGGGCGCCUUCAGGGGCUACAUCGCCAUGCUCGUCGUCCUCAAGCCCUACAGAGGAAGGGGAAUAGCAACUGAAUUGGUUACUAGAUCUAUUCAGGUAAUGAUGGAAUCUGGCUGUGAGGAGGUGACACUUGAAGCCGAAGUUACAAAUAAGGGUGCCCUUGCUCUAUAUGGUCGCCUGGGGUUUAUCCGAGCAAAGAGGCUGUAUAGAUACUAUCUCAAUGGCGUCGAUGCUUUUCGCCUGAAACUAUUGUUUCCACGCCCUGAUCCUGGCUUGCCUCCGAUGGUGAUCGGCAACGAAGGGGAUGACCAGCAGAUUGAUUCCCCAUACUUGUGACAGUACUCUUUUGAGUAGGUAGAAUGUCUUGCCCUUUUUGCACUUCUGUUUCGAAGCUUUCACAACUCAAAUAUAACUGUAAGGAUGUUGUUUGUGCUUACAACUCUCAUAUAUUUCUGCCUCUUUGUUAAGAAUGUUGCAAAGUUUGUAUUUUUACCAUCAUCGUUGAGCACUGCAGAUCUGCAAUUCGUUUGCUCAGUGAAUGUAUGUUGCAGUGUCCCAAACCACUAUUGAAUUUAAAUGUGAAUAUUGACAGUCUUCUCAA